GAGCAACCUCUGGCCUAGGUGAAAAAUUAGAGGGAGAGGGAGAAAACGUGAAUAGGUGAGGAACAUGCUUAUAAAAGCCUCAAAGUGCGUGGCAGUAAGUAGUUCGGUGGUUGUUUGUCUAUUGAAAUUCGUCCAAUUCUUUUGGAUUACUUUAUUGUAGAUAUUGUAAAGGGAAAUUAAAGUCAUAAAAUGUCUGCAGCCGGUCCGGAAAUAGUUGCUGGCACAGUGGCAACAACAGCCGCCACUGGCAUGUCAGCAUCUUCGGUGUUUUUAACACUUCUUGUUCCAGCACUUGUUUUGUGGUUUGUUUACUACAGAAUAUCUCGACGACACUUAAUUGAAUUAGGAAAUAAACUUCCUGGUCCUCCUGGACUUCCACUUAUUGGUAAUGCAGCCGAAUUCAUGGGAAGUCCUGACAGCAUCUUCCGUAACAUCAUGAGGCGUUCAUUUGAAUUUGAUCAAGUUGUAAGACUAUGGAUUGGACCAAAAUUGUUGGUGUUCUUAGUUGAUCCACGUGAUGUUGAAGUCAUUCUUUCUAGUCACGUUUACAUAGAUAAAUCAGCAGAGUACCGAUUUUUCCAGCCAUGGCUUGGUAAUGGACUCCUUAUUUCAACUGGACCAAAAUGGAGAGCUCAUCGUAAAUUGAUUGCUCCAACUUUCCAUUUGAAUGUAUUAAAGAGUUUCAUUGAUUUAUUCAAUGCUAAUUCCCGAGCCGUUGUUGAAAAAAUGCGCAAAGAAGAAGGCAAAGAAUUCGAUUGUCAUGAUUACAUGUCUGAGACAACAGUCGAAAUUUUAUUAGAAACUGCAAUGGGUGUGUCAAAAACUACACAAGAUCGAAGCGGAUUUGAAUAUGCCAUGGCUGUAAUGAAAAUGAGUGAAAUCCUUCAUUUGCGUCACACUCGCGUUUGGUUGAGACCGGACUGGCUUUUCAAUCUUACGAAAUAUGGAAAAGAUCAAAUCCAAUUAUUAGACAUCAUUCACAGUCUCACAAAAAAAGUAAUCCAAAAGAAAAAGGAAGACUUUAAAGCCGGAAAACGUAACUUUAUCAGCACAUCGGACUCCAAAGAAACUAAAGCUACUAGCGUUGAAGGACUUUCUUUCGGUCAAUCAGCAGGAUUGAAGGAUGAUCUUGAUGUUGAUGAUAAUGAUGUUGGCGAAAAGAAGAGGUUGGCAUUCUUGGAUCUUCUUAUGGAAGCUGGACAAAACGGAAACGUUUUAUCUGAACAAGAAGUUAAAGAGCAAGUUGAUACUAUUAUGUUCGAGGGUCAUGACACAACUGCUGCUGGCUCUAGUUUCUUCUUGUCAAUGAUGGGCUGUCAUCCAGACAUUCAAGAAAAAGUAAUUCAAGAAUUAGAUGAAAUAUUCGGUGAUAGUGACAGACCAGUUACAUUCCAAGAUACAUUGGAAAUGAAAUACCUUGAAAGAUGCUUGAUGGAAACUCUUCGAUUGUAUCCACCUGUACCCAUCAUUGCUCGUCAAAUCAAUACUGACCUUAAACUCGUAACCGGUGAUUAUGUCAUACCAGCUGGCUGUACAGUCGUUAUUGGUACAUUUAAGAUGCACCGUCAACCCCAUAUCUAUCCCAAUCCGGAUACUUUCAAUCCAGAUAACUUCUUACCUGAAAAGACAGCCAAUCGUCACUACUAUGCAUUCAUUCCAUUCUCUGCAGGACCAAGAUCUUGUGUAGGACGUAAAUAUGCCAUGCUUAAACUGAAAAUUCUUCUUGCAACAAUCUUGAGAAACUACCGUGUUAGAUCAGACAUCAAAGAAUCUGACUUCAGACUACAAGCUGAUAUUAUUCUUAAGAGAGCAGAAGGAUUCAAAGUUCGACUUGAACCAAGAACUCGUGGCGUUAAAGCUUAAAUAAUUUACAAAGUUUUGUAAAUGUUGUAAAAAAAAUUAUUAAUUUUAUUUUUUCAGUAA